UGCCCUGCACUACAGGAGAGAGAACGGGAGGGAGAGAGAGGGACAGUAAAGGGGUGAAACUGGCGUGGCUCUGGACAUGCCAGUCCUACAGCAAUGACUCAGCCGUCACCCACUGGAUUUACACUGGAUUUACACUGGAUUUGAUCUUUGGUGCUUUCUUCUUACCUAAAUGUUGUCACUGGAUAAGAUGCACUCCCGAGCCAAGUCCAGGAGCUGUGACAACUACCUGAGCAUUAAGGACUCUGAGUCCCUGGACAGUUGUAUCCAGAGCACCCUGUCUGCGCUGUACCCUCCAUUCAGUGCCACCGCGUCCACCGUCCUGUGGCAGCUAUUCAGCGUGGUGGAGAGACAGUACCGUGGGGACGGACUCCGAUGCCUCAUCGACUUCUUACUUCCUGCCAAGAGGAUCCUGCAGAGCAUCCAACAAGAGACUUGUGUGCGUUUCCACGGCCGGCUGUUCUAUCAUGAGGGUUGGCCCUUCUGCAUCAACGAGAAGGUGGUCUUACAGCUCGCCCCGCUCCAUAAGGUCCGUCUGAAGCAGGGAGACUUCUACCUACAGGUGGUUCCUCUGGGCCGCAAGGCUGCCAAGCUGGUCAUAAAAUGUCUGUCGGCCAGUGGCCAGGCCAUCGCAGAGAUCCCCAUCCCGGAGAGCAUGUACGGCAGCGUCUUCACCGCUGACUUCCUGCAGAAUGUGACGCGCGAGCGCAACCUCCAUCCGCUGCAGAACUGGUUGCUCACCACCGGCACCGUCGUGUUCCGGACGCCGUGGAAGAACGUGGUGAAUCCUCUGUUCGUCAGCAGCACGGCAGACACCAUCAUGCAGACGCGGGGCGACAGCACGGGCUUCCGUGGCCAGCUCAGCGCCUGCAGUACCAGUGGAUCCACGGGGACCCUGGACUCCCACCGCAGUUCCCACGAAUCACUACACUCCCAGGGGGCAGACUCUACCUUCUCAGAGCCUGCUAUCCUGAGCAGGCGGGUACAUGUAAUGGACCCCAGCAGCACUAGUUGCAGGUCCCAACAGGAUCCCAACCCGGGACUUCACCGGAUGGAGAACCACAACCAGAACCACAGCCUGAGAGCAGCUCCUGACUCUCACUCCUGCAGCCCACAGACAGACAGGCUGGCUGGAGAGGGUGGUGGUGGUCCGGGGGAGGGCCAGUGGGAGGGGGAGGAGGGCCAGGGUGGGACCAGAGAGAGGACCAGGACCCUGUCAUUCAGCACCGACCUCAGUAACCCCAACCCUCGCCGGCCCCGCCACGCCAGGGACUCUGUGUCCUUCGAGACCCGGAGACUGUUCCGUAAGUCCUACAUGGAGGCCCUGCAGAACCCCAUGAACCUGGGCUCUAGCUCUGAGUCCAUCCUGGAGGAAGGACCAGAGCACAGUCCUGCAUGCCCAGGUCUCAGCCCCAGAGAAGAUGCCUCAUCUCCAACUUCGACCCCUGGUACCAGCCCCUCCACCCCCACCACCCAGAGAGAGCAGGGGCUCCGUGGGCUCAGGCUAGGGGGGACUAGGGCAUGGCUGGGUGGAGACCCCGACUCCCCCCGACUCUCUCCCAGCAUGCCUCUCCUGUACCUCCAGAGGGGUCUGAGGAACGCUGGGGCCCUGGAGACCCGGGCUGAGAGGCGCUCCAAGUCUCUGGAGAGGACUAACAAGGCAGCCCAGGUCAAAGGGCACCGGGCGCGCUCCUCCUCCGGGGGCUCGGCCAGCAGUGGAGUCUUCUCACCAAAGAAGCUGAUGAACGGAUAUGCCCUGCGCUUCGGACGGCUGGACCUGGAGGCUGCCUUCUCCAGCUCAGACAGGAGGAGCAGUGUUAGAGAGGAGACAGCGAUCCAUGAAGUUGGCACCAGCACUAACCCCAUGCGGCACAGUCAGGAUGGAGCACAGUCACACCAUCACCCCCCCAAACCUUCUAAUGAAGUCCUCAUCCAGCUGGCCCCAGCCCCAGGGUCACCCCCUAACUGUCACCUCCCCAACCUGGUGUCAGAGGUCAACCCAGAACUACUGGCCUCUGGGGCCAUCAUCUUACCUGGUAACAGAGACCUCAGCGGGCGGGCGGUGCUGCAGGUGUGCACGCGGGGGAGGGUGUGGGCUGGGGAGAGCUGCACGGCCAAAGACCUCACCUGUCUUCUGGGUUACUACUAUUCAACGCUCAGGAGCGAGAGGCGUGACCAAGGCCUUACGGUGCUAGUGGACACCAGGAGACAGCAGCCCAGUCCUGCUCUGUUCUCGUCUCUGUCUGGACUGCAGGCUUUAUUACCAAAUGCACUUUACUCCGUCCUGCUACUUGUGGACAAGGAGACAACUAUCAAGCCUGAAAGAGACAUGACUACUGUGCAGACGGAGCUCCUGACGUCCCUGAAGGCUCUGUUGAAGCACAUAGACUCCAGUCAGCUCACUAGAGACCUGGACGGAACAUUCCCCUACGACCACGAUCACUGGGUCGCCUUCAGACAGAAAAUUGAGCCGUUUGCCAGCAGUUGCAGCGUGGCUCUCUCCUCCCUCCGAUCUUCUAUCUCUACGUUGAGCAGCACCAGCAACCUGGACAGUACCAAGGAGGUAUCUGAGGUGCUGGAGCAGCAGAUCUCUCUGAUGAAGUGUGUGUUGGAGGACAUUCUGAACAGACUGAGGCUGGAGGGAGGAACAGUCCUGGCCCGGAUCAGGAAGGACGAGGCCUGUGAGAAUGACAACUCCAGGGAUGCAGUGGACAUGGUGAAUGUCCUUUAUAACCAGGUGGAUGAGGAGGUCCAUAAACUGGUCAUCCUCUCCAACAAGUCCCUGAAACAGCUGGAGAGUCUUCUGGAGGUCCGCAGGUUUGAGGAACAGACAGAGCAGGUCAAAGUAUGGUUCAGUGUGGAAGGAGAGAAGCACCUCACUGCCCUGGACUCUCUUCCUCUCUCUCUGGCUGCGGUCAAAGACAUGAGGCAGAGUUUGGAACAGUUCUUUGAGGAGUCAGUACAGCAGCAGAAGCAGGGUUUACUGCUGGUCAGGCAGUCAGGGGAGUCUCUGCCCAGCUCGGCCUUGCUGGACUUCAAACAACACCUGGGAUCCAUCCUGGGCAGAGUGGAGAGGAGGAAGAACCAGCUAGACAUCCUCACCAACCUCUACGAGUUCUACGGCUCGGCUAACCAGUGGAUGGAGCACUGCCAGGACUACCUCCGGCAGCUGAACCUGGAGAGCAGUGGUGUGAGCCUCCCUCCUGCAGUACUUGAGAUCCUCCAGGACUAUCAGAUGGAGGCCUCCACGUUCUCCCUGGACAACUUCAGCUCCCUCAAUGAUAUGGUCCUGUCCUUGGACAGCCCCCGGCAGACCCAUCAGUGGAACAUCCUGUGGACCAAGUGUCAACAGACCAAGAACCAGCUGGAGAAAACCCUGGCCCAGGCCACAGCAGCAGUUACUGCAGCUUCUGACUCUGCAGCUUCUGACUCUGCAGCCUCUAACUCUGCAGCCUCUAACUCUGCAGCCUCUGACUCUGCAGCCUCUAACUCUGCAGCCUCUAACUCUGCAGCCUCUGACUCUGCAGCCUCUAACUCUGCAGCCUCUGACUCGGCAGCCUCUGACUCUGCAGCCUCUGACUCUGCAGCCUCUAACUCUGCAGCCUCUGACUCUGCAGCCAGAAAUCUAACCAAAGACCCUUCAGAGGCUGCAGACAGACAGGGGGGCUGCACUCACACAGAGCAGCACGGGGCUGUUGGAGGGGAUCGUGUUUUACCUGAGUUGCCCACUCUAGGGUCAAGGAUCAUAGUGUCGUCGCUGGAGUUUGAGGAAGAAACCAAGCCUCACUCCACAGGGCACUUCUCCUCCAACAACAACAAGAGCCCCUCUUCCUGCUCCUUCACCUCCUCCUCCCUCUUCCCCUUCCCCCCCCCAGAGGGAGACCCCCUCCUCCUCAAGCUGCGGCAGAGCCCCUCUCUGUUCGACGACACGGACAGCGACUGCACCAUCGACUCCAUGGGGGCCGCCUCCUGCCACUCGGAGCCUGUCUAUUCGUCCUCUGGGACGCCACUCCACCAGCACCGCCAGCACCGCAAACAGCCGCUCAAGAAGAUCAUGAAGAAGACGCUGAGCUAUGAGCUGCCGGCGGCGCAGGACGGUGGCCACGUUGACACCAGCCACCUGCAUGGCUACACGGGGGUGUACAUCAAGGGCCUGGAGGUGACCAACAACGUGUUGGUGGAGAAGAAGCUGCAGAGGCCUGACGUGGUGAGCCCGGCGCUGGGACGCAGCCGCAGCAUGUCCUCCCCCACCAGACACCCAGAGGGAGAUGGAAAGAAGCAUAGCAGUAAAGUGCAGCACAUCAUGGCUGAGAUGAUCUCCACAGAGAGGGAGUAUGUGCGUUCCCUCAUCUACGUCAUCGAGCACUACUUCCCAGAGAUGGAGCGUCUGGACCUGCCUCAGGAUCUCUGGGGGAAACGCAGCAUUAUCUUUGGCAACAUGGAGAAACUGUGUAACUUCCACUGCCAGUACUUCCUGAAAGAGCUGGAGGCCUCCGCCCACUCUCCCCUGUCCAUCAGCAGCUGCUUCCUCAGACACGAGGAUCAGUUUGGAAUGUACGCUCUCUACAGCAAGAACAAGCCUCAGUCUGACGCUCUACUCACCAGCCACGGGAAUGGAUUCUUUAAGAACAAGCAGUUGGAGCUGGGUGAUAAGAUGGACCUGGCGUCCUACCUGCUGAAGCCCAUCCAGAGGAUGUCUAAGUACGCCCUGCUGCUGAAGGACCUGAUCAAGGAGUGUGGUCAGUCCCAGGAACAGGAGCUCUCUGACCUCCGCACCGCAGAGGAGAUGGUUAAGUUCCAGCUGCGCCACGGCAACGACCUGCUGGCCAUGGACGCCAUCCGAGGAUGUGAUGUGAACCUGAAGGAACAGGGUCAGCUGAGGUGUCAGGAUGAGUUCAUCGUGUGGUGCGGCCGCAGGAAGUACCUCCGUCACGUCUUCCUGUUCGAGGACCUCAUCCUCUUCAGUAAAAGCAAAAAGAUUGAGGGAGGGUACGACCUGUACAUCUACAAGCAGUCCUACAAGACGGCAGAGAUAGGAAUGACAGAGAGCGUGGGCGUUACAGCGGGCUGCGUGGAACCACAGUUCGAGAUCUGGUUCCGAUGUUUGUAUGGAGGAGGAAGUCCCAGGACACGUGUCAUCCUGCAGGCCGGCUCUGGAGAGGUCAAGGCCGUGUGGACAGCCAUCAUCGGAAAGAUCCUCUGGAGGUGGCAGGCGCUGGACGAAACAGGGGUGAGGAACCACGGCCACAGAGGGGAGUCGUUCUCCACAAUGGAAGUGCGCUUGAAAGAGAUGGUUUCCAUGGGGAUUGGCAGCAAGCCUUUCAUGGACAUCAAGCCUAGUGAUGCUGCCAUUAGUGACCGAGCCAUUGAUUACAUCAUGAAGGGGUCAGGUGAUUUGUUGCAUGCCAGAUAUCAAAUGAUGUUGAAGUUAAAGCAGCAGGGGGAGUCAGAGCUGAAGUUAAUGCAGCAGGGGGAGUCAGAGCUGAAGUUAAAGCAGCAGGUGGAGUCAGAGCUGAAGUUAAUGCAGCAGGGGGAGUCAGAGCUGAAGUUAAAGUUGUUUGAUCGUAGCUAG